AGAAUGUUAUUAAAACUGAUGUCUUGAUGGAAAACAUGCUGGUACAGGCAACAGUACUGCACCAAGCAAUGUACGAAUAAAGCGCUGGUCACCCGUCUAUCAGUGCAGUAGAACUCGAUAUUCAUUUGUGUGCAGCCAAGCCAAGUGAAGACUACAUUGCCGUUGCCGACGCACAGUGGGGCGUGUUGGAUUAACGCGUAGGUAUCGUUUUGCAAUCUGGAACACAAUCAAAUUGCCGUUUGAAUUGUCUUCUUCUUCUUGUUUCGAAUAUGUAGUAGCAAAUAUCAGAAUUCAACAUGAUUAUUCGGGUGCCGCAAAAUACGCUGCGCCACCGGGGACAGCAAAAUUCUGUACGUGUCGGUAGAGGCAGAUAUCAUGGUAUAUAAAUUAGGUUCAUUGUACAGAUAAAAUGCGUUGUUUAUUUUUGAUCUCUACACUCUGUUUUUCUCAUGUCAAUUGAAAAUUUUCUGUGAAUACACAUUUUUGUUAAAAAACUGUAAUUUUUUAUCGUUAUUUUCUCCACGAACUUGUAACUGCAGGAAAAUUUUAUUAUGUGACAAAAAAAAAAAUAAAAUAAUCAAAAUACGAUUUCGCCAAACACGCUUGAUGAAUUGAGGCUGAUGACCUAGAUACUUGAUAUUACUACCCGAGUAAUUAGAGGCUUAGUACUGCUCAGAUCAUGAUCAUUAUACAUAUUACCGGCACAUGUUCCGGUCAUGAUCCAGAAACGGUUUUACCGAUUCCGGUCAUUCGCUUCGGCAACGUAAAGAACCAAAAUACCCUUCUUUUGGAGGAUGUUGAGCUUAAAUUGGUUGAAAUAAUCAAGAAGACUAAGAAACGUGUUUAGACAUAAUCGCUCGUUUUGGUACAUGUGUGCCAAAAUCGAACCGUGCCAAAAGUAAAACGAGCUCAAAUUAAAUAUUGUAGUCCUACGUCAACUAUGCGGUCGUAUCCCGGAUACCACCCUCCUACUAUUUUUUAGUUUUCAAGCAGAUUUUUCCGGUUUUCAAGCAGUUGCUGAUAUUUUUCUAAAAAAUCUGGCAUCUCUGAUCCCUGGUUUUGAGAGCAACAAAAUUUGUCAGUCACAUUUUACACAACCGGUUUUUGUGUUUUUAUCGUGAAAGUUAAAAAUAUGCUAACCAGAAGCAAGUUUUUGUCUUCAUUUUUAUCCGGUCUAAAACACUAUAACUCGCAGAGAGCUUCACUUAAACACUUUGCGCCCCCUAUAGAUUAUCAAAAUGUUUCAAUACCCGAAAGACCGAAAUUACGUUUCAUGGAUAAGGUACCACUUCUACCAUCAAAUAUGAAAGCACCAAAAUUACAGAAAAAACUUAAAUUGAUGCGGGGACCGGAGUUGGUUCACAACUCUUUGUUGCAUAAACAGUAUGGAAUUGUGGCAACUGGAGGAGGUCGCUUAAGAUGGGGACAUUUCGAAAUGAUGCGUCUAGGCAUAGGUAGAAAAAUGGACACUAGCAGAAUGUUUGCCAUUUGGCGAGUAGAAGCACCGUGGCAACCCAUUACUAAAAAAGGACAGGGUCAGAGAAUGGGUGGUGGAAAAGGAGCUAUCGAUCAUUAUGUGACUCCAAUAAAAAGUGGACGCAUAAUUGUGGAAAUGGCCGGAAAAUGUGAAUUCGCAGAAGUUAAACCAAUUCUAGAAUUAGUGUGUCAUAAAUUACCCUUCAAAGCAAUGGUGGUAUCACAUGAUAUGCUAGAAGAAAUGAAACAUACCGAAGAACGGUUGAAACGGGAAAAUCUAAAUCCGUUUACACUUAAGUAUGUCAUACAAAACAAUUUCGGAGGUUGUCACAAAUGGCUUUCACCAGUUGAUCAUAAAUGGUUCGGAAAAUAUAUAUAAUAUUUGUAUAUACAUACAAAUAAAGCCUUUUAAACUAGAAAA